ACUAGCGUCUUAGCUUCGACGCCAAUAUACUUCUUAGUGGGGGGUUUCACUGGGUUUUCUCUUCGCGGUUCCCCACUUGGGACAUUUCACUAAUCAUUAAAGAACCACUUUUAUUCCUUCGGCUACCCAGUCAGUGCAUUACCGCGUUCUGUGCUGUCACAUUUGGGGAGAAUUUUUCGAUUUCUACAUGGGUGAAGUGCAUUAGCUCCUGCGUGUGAUCAGUGUUCCCUGGAUAUUAAGUGCUUAGUGGAAAAAUGGUUUCGAAAUACGUCAUUGCCGCGGUCCUGCUUUCAGCUACCCUUUUCGGCUUUGCUGAAGGUCAGCGAAAGGUGACCAGACCAUUACCAGCUGUAUCAGAAACUAAAGAACGAGAAAGAGCAAAUUUUGACUGCCCUGAGGAAUUUGGUUACUAUCCCCAUCCCAAUGAUUGCACUCAGUAUUACGUGUGCGUAUUUGGAGGAGCCUUAUUGGAAUCGUGUACUGGAGGAUUGAUGUACAGUCAUGAACUUCAAACUUGCGAUUGGCCAAGAAACGUUGGAUGUGAUGGAGUAGAACUCUCAGGUCCUCCACCUGCGCAGUCUGCACAGAGCAGCGGAACUCAGUCUCUUCGAACAAGAGAAAGAGAUCGACCUCGUGAAAGAGAACGAGAUGAUUCCAGAAUUGAAUCCAGAAAUAAGUAUUCUCCACCAGCACCACCUCCACCACCACAACCCAAGGCUGUGGUAACUUCAAGAGGACAACCAAGACAAUUGCAAAACCAACAAGAAAUUGUCAAGCAACAACUUUAUGCUGACGUUGAGGAAGCUCUCCCGCCAGCUGAAGAAGUUGAGAGCGACCGUCAGCAGAGAGUGUAUCGUGGACAACCAUCGCUUGUAGGACAAGUGCAAAGAGAUCGGGACGGCUACAGACAUAGCAACGUCCUACCAACUUACAAAGACCGUGGAGAUAAAAUUGGAGUAAUUUCAUUUGGAACCCAAUCGCAAUUGCAACAUUACAGUACUGCAUCGAACUUGAACGAAAUAUUGACUAACGACUUAACACUGAAGAAACGACGCAAAAGAAACGUUCAGAGAAGUAGACCUCCUCAAAAUAAUCCGAAUUGGCAUGCUGCCCAAAGGAUGAGGUUCUCACAUCAUAACAGACCUAAUGUAGACUAUCCAAGGCAAAAACUGCCACUUAUGAGCUAUGAAAAUCAAGAGGAAUUUAAACCGUUUGUACCUCAAUAUGCUAUGGCGUCUUCUAAUCAAGUGGCAGUACGGUACCCGCCGCCUAAAAGUUAUCAAAGCUUUAAACCGAAUAUUUAUAUUGGCCCUGUUACAUCCGCAACUGCUCAUAGCUUCGAUUUUGCCAAAAUUAGAGGGCAAAUGCAUCAUACUAAUAACUUGAAACCUGUGGCAGCAGAAUUUAACUAUAACAGAUUUCCUAUAAAUAAUCUUGAAUCUGCCUUCUCCAACAUUGUAUCAAAAACAGUCACUCCCGAAAAAAAAGUUAGGGACAACGUAAGAAGUCAUACGGAAGUGAGAACUAGCAACUUCAAGCCUUUUGACAUUUCGAACACUAAAAUGUCUGACGAGAAGGACAAAAGUAAAAGCGACUUUGACGAUAUCAAACCGAAAGAAGCAGAAGGUGAAGAUCAGAAGCCUAAAGAUACCAAAGAGGAAUUCACUGAAGAGUUUGAUACCGAAAACGGCAAGGACGAGAAGCCAGAAUCCGAUGAAUAUAAAGAAGGAGAAGCAAAGGAAGGUGAAACGGAAGAAGGCGGUCCUAAGAAUCAUACAGUCAGUUACGAAUAUCACUCAGAUGAAGUAGAUGAAGAUCUCUUGCCUCCACCAUCCUUUUAUAACAGCAAAAAUAAAUACGAGGAUAUUUACAAUCCGUUUGAGGACCCACAUUUCGAUUUUGACCAGUUUCUCGAGAAACUUGGUUCGACUACAACCAGUUCAACCACCACAACUACCACCACAACUACGACAACACCAAAACCCAUUCCGCAAGUCUAUGAAGUUCAUGAUGAGUCGAGACCAGUUAAAGCCCAAAACCAUAAACCUACUGUUUAUGCAAACGAAGAUCCAGUUUAUCAUGAUGCAUCCCCAAUAUACCCUCCGUCGUCUCCUAAUCUUUUAAGUCCAGUCGCGCCUCCAGUCUAUAAACAGCCUUCCCUCAGUUUACACCAUUCAAUUCCGGUUGUUAGGGAGCAGGUAACGAAAGCAAGCGUUGAAAAGGAGAAAGAAGAUGAACAAGAGGAGGAAUACGCGGAAGAGGACGAAGAUGAAGAGGAAGUUAUAAAGCCUGCAACUCCAGCUCCUAAGCUCCCUACUAAACCAGUUAGCGAAGACUUGGUGGAGGAUUAUGAUGUUGAAAGAGGAGCCAGCAACAAAAAAAUAUAUUCGAGCAAAAUUCAAAUCGCCAGUCCUAAAACACCAGUACCGGUAACUACUGAAGCUCCGGAAUAUGAAUAUUACUACGAGGAGUAUGAUGAGCCAGUGUCAAACGCUACUACUGCUGAUCUGCUGAAGACUCCCGGUCAGAAUCAGUCUGAGCCAGUGAAGUAUUCGGCUAAAUAUAAAGAUACUCCGAAAAGUGAAGAUUUGCAGCAGAAAAACUCUAAAUUGAACAUCAAUAUUCAAUCAGCUCCAACCGAGAGUAGUCCAAAGAAAGGCCAGUAUCUUAUCGAGACUUCAGUGUCGGCUACUACGCCUAAACCAAAGAAGAUUUUAGCAACAGCAAAGCCAAGUCCCACGCCUUUUAGUAGUACGACCGAACGGUUUGACAAGAAAUUUGGUUCGGGGCAAUUUCUUAUUGAGACAUCGGUAAUUACAACUACCACACCAAAGACAAAGAAAACGGUUUCUCCAGCUAGAUCGAGAACAACUACGGUACGACCCAGAACGACUGAGAAACCACAUAACUCAACACAAAAACCUACAACGACAACAACAACCGAUUUGUACGAACUUGACUCUAGACAAGUACAGUCAGUUAUAGUUCCCAGCGACGACAAAAAUACCGUUUCCCAAGCUCCAAGCGUUCCAACUGCCACAGCUACAGCUAGAACGUUGUACAACAGCAGUCAGUAUAACAACUUAAACCAGAAUGAUAACCGUUAUGAUCCCUUCAUUGCCCUUUACGAUGAAGAUGCGGAAAUUUACAAGGAUACUGAUUAUACUCCUCAAAAUAAUAACUACAACACCAAUGCACCAACUAGAGGAACUGCUGUUCAUCGAGGAGCCCCAGCUGCACGUGAUGAUUCCACAAAGCGUGGAAACGUUGUCUAUAACAAUGUUAAUCAUGACAUUUACCAACAACCAUCCACUGUCAGUGAUUAUAGCGACAACUCCUAUCAGGAAGAAGAUCCAGCUUAUCGUCAAUCUAGUCGAGCUCCGGCUAGCCUUAGGGGAGACAGAAAUGAGAUAAAUGAUAUUGAGGAGGUUCCUACCACUAAAAGAACUACUUCAACUUCUCCAAUCAGAAAACUUACCACCACUACCCCCAGAAUUACUACCACGGCGCAAGCACGAACCUUACCCCCUAAAAAGAUAACCACCACUACUCUUCCAAGCCAACCGCCUGUCACAGCGUUUGAAAACCAAACACAAGCACUGUCAAAUAAUACGAACCCGGGACACAUUAAAGAUGUUCCUGAUUCCUUUAAUAUUCCCACUGAAUCAAAGACUGAAGAGUCGGAAGAAUCAUUUUUACUAGACAGAAAUCCUGACUUGCAUGAACCAUACUCGGUGAAAAAAACUCCCCAGUUUUUAGCCUCAGAUCAUUACAUUACUAUUAAACCAGCUUUUCACUAUAUUACGAAGGCACCCAAGUCAACUCACCAGAUCUCGUCUAGCAAUGAAAGUGUUGAAAAUAUCGAGUUACCUACAUCACCCUCACCCGAUGUGGAAGUUCAACCAUCGAUUAAACUAAAAAUAAUCAUUCCUACCACAUACUCACCACCUAAGUACUUACUGAAAUCGAUUCUACCUAGCGCCCCAAUAUUUUCUUCAUCGCUCUUCAGCUUCCGACCGAAAAACCAAAGCCGCGUGGUCAACAAUUCGCAAAAUAAAAAUUCCUAUCAAUAUAAAACUCUAAAAGCUGUUCGCAAGCUAAUUAAUCCCAUCACUGUGAAUCAUGAGCUAUCGACUAAGUCUGGUACCACAUAUGAGUCAGCAGAAGAUAUCGUUGAUAACAUUGACGAAAUACCUGAAGAAGCAUCGAAGUUCAUUAAUGACAAAAAUAGCAAAAUUCAGUUUUUGGGUGUUCAACUUUCAUCUAAUCAUACGGCCCAAGAAUUCACCAGUACUCCAUAUCCGCCAACGACUGUCCCUACUUACACAACUACGAAACGAUAUUCUCUUGAUAAAACUGCUGCAGAUAAUCCUAAAAAUCGCUUAUAUGCUUUACUGUCUAAAGAGAAGCAGAAGGACAGAGCCAGAGAAAAUUACUCAAGUGAAAAACGUAUUAGAAUAACUGUGGAAGUUCCACCACCACAAGACGUAGUUGACGAAGACACACCAAAGACUGAGCCGGACCAACCGCCAUCCUAUAAGCCUAAACCAAUAUUAACUCCUAAAACAGAAACCAAGACGGAUUCUCCUGUAAAUAUAUCCCUUCCUACUAGAGUAUCCCGGGUAAACGCCGCCAUAAAAUCCCUUAUUGCUAUUGCUGGGACUAAAGGACCAUCGAAAUGUAGCGACAAAGGUCCAAAAUGCAAGGUCGAUGCAAAACAGAGAACACCUUCAAGAGGCCGAGGCACAUCUCAUUACAGUAAUUCUGCUUCUAUUGCUAGUAAUGAAGUUACCGUUAAUGUUAAUAGGGGUACUCCAGCUCCCCGUUCGCGACCAACCCUCAAACCCUCAACAUCGAUUGUUUCCAAAGCCGCGGAAUUUAUCGACAUCUACAAAUUCCCUCCACGUAGAGCAGAAGCUCUCUAUCCUCAACCACAACCCGACAAAACCGCCGCUAAAUGCAGAAAAGACGUUUGCUUACUUCCCGAUUGUUCCUGCGGUGGUAAAGAAAUUCCCGGAGACAUACCAGUUGAACAAGUACCCCAAAUCGUUCUUCUUACUUUCGACGACUCUGUUAACGACUUGAACAAAGGUUUAUACCAAGACCUCUUUGAAAGAGGCCGGACCAAUCCAAAUGGGUGCCCAAUCGCUGCUACUUUUUACGUGUCCCAUGAAUGGACCGACUAUAGCCAAGUACAAAAUUUGUACUCUGAUGGUCACGAAUUAGCAUCUCACACAGUGUCGCACAGUUUUGGUGAGCAGUUCUCUCAAAAGAAAUGGACCCGUGAAGUAGCUGGACAAAGAGAGAUUUUAGCCGCCUAUGGUGGUGUUAAAUUAGAGGACGUUAGAGGAAUGAGAGCUCCGUUCUUGUCGGUUGGCGGAAACAAAAUGUUCAAAAUGUUGUACGACUCCAACUUCACAUAUGACUCAUCUAUGCCAAUCUACGAAAACAAACCUCCAAGUUGGCCUUACACUUUGGAUUAUAAACUUUUCCAUGACUGCAUGAUUCCUCCAUGUCCAACCAGAUCUUACCCGGGAGUUUGGGAGGUUCCUAUGGUGAUGUGGCAAGAUCUUAAUGGAGGAAGAUGCUCUAUGGGAGAUGCUUGCAGUAAUCCCCCCGAUUCCGAAGGAGUAUUCAAGAUGAUUCUGAAAAAUUUCGAAAGGCAUUACACUACUAACAGAGCUCCAUUUGGUCUUUUCUACCACGCCGCUUGGUUCACACAGCCCCAUCACAAAGAAGGAUUUAUCAACUUCAUCGACACAAUUUUGGCAAUGAAAGAUGUUUGGCUACUAACCAACUGGCAAGCGCUUCAAUGGGUACGAGACCCAACUCCAGUCUCCCGACUAAACAACUUCCAACCGUUCCAAUGUGAUUUUUCGGACCGUCCAAAAAGAUGUAACAAUCCUAAAGUAUGCAAUCUUUGGCACAAAUCUGGAGUAAGAUACAUGAGAACCUGCCAACCCUGCCCUGAUAUUUAUCCAUGGACUGGAAACACUGGAAUCCGCAGUAGUAGAAUUGAUAACGAUAUCGAAGAUUAGAGUUAAAGUCAGUUAGACAUGGUGUUUUUUUGUAAAAUUAGAAUAUUAAUAGGCCAUUAGACAUUAUUUUCAAUGUGCAACGUCUUACGGGAUCUAAAUCCAGAUUAUUUAUACUUCAGUAAAAUUAAAUGAUGUUCUUUAGGUGUCAAGUUUAGCUGAGAAAAACUCAUGCCUGAAUAACAUCACGUUCGUGGCCUUUUAGUAAAUAUGUAUAUAUCCGUUAGAGUAUCUAAUGUUAAAUUAUUUUUAAUACUGCCAAAACAAGUUUUAAGAAUAACUAGUUUUAUUAAAGUGUUCAACAAGCUAUAAUUGGAAAUGUUUUGUCUGUGCUUUAACUUAGGCAAAUCCUAGAACUCUUUCAAAUUAGAUUAUUUUUAUAUGAUAUCUACCUAAUUUAUUGUAAAUCAAAUUUCUUUGUUGCGUGUACAGAACAAAAUGUGUGAGGAAUCCAGUGAGUGAUAAACAGUAAAAUCAG